GAAGGAGGUAUAUUUCCGGUAUUUUGUGUUUUUUUUUUACUAGUCUCAAUUUUGUUUGGCUAUGGUUUUUGUACCUCUCACUUAUUGUGAUUCUUAUUUCUCAUUCCCCUUACUUCCGCCAUUACGUAUCUCCUAGGAAGAGGUCCGCAAGGAUGGCGCCAAGAUAUGAAAUUGCAGUUGGCCUUCACAGAGGCCACAGAACUUCCAAGAUUGUCGUGAGCAAGAGCAAAACCGAUAAGAGGCAUAAGAUAAGGCCUGCCCGUCUCAAGGGGAGACAGACAAAACACACCAAAUUCGUACGAGAUCUAGUGCGUGAAGUGUGCGGUCAUGCUCCGUACGAGAAGAGAGCCAUGGAGUUGCUCAAAGUAUCCAAGGACAAGAGGGCACUCAAGUUCUUGAAGAGGAGGUUGGGUACUCACAUCCGAGCCAAGAGGAAGCGUGAGGAGCUCAGCAACAUCCUGACCCAGAUGAGGAAGGCUCAGGCUCAUGCUCCCAAAUAAUUGUACUUGUUUAAUAAACUGUUUUACUUUUACUUAAAGUA